AUGCUCGAAGAUCUCGGCAUGGAUGAAGAAGAAGGUGUAAUUCCAUUACCUAAUGUUAAUUCAGCUAUUUUUAAAAAAAUUAUUCAAUGGGCAGCUCAUCAUAAAGAUGAUCCACCUCCAAUAGAAGAUAAUGAAAAUCUUGAUCACGGAAAACUUUUCGAUCUUAUUUUGGCUGCUAAUUAUUUAGAUAUCAAAGGUUUACUUGAUGUAACAUGUAAAACAGUUGCAAAUAUGAUCAAAGGAAAAACACCAGAAGAAAUUUGA